AUAGCUGGAUCGCUGUCGGCUGCUUCACGUUACUAGUAGGGCGAAUGACAGAUUAUUAUGAACGCUGUUAUUUUUUUCCUGUGGGUGUCGUCAAAGACGUAUUAGUGAAGAAAAUAUUACAUUUUUCACUUGUUUCGGCUAAAGUCUUCUGUUAGGUUUAUAUGUGCUCUGAUUUAAUUGCUCAUUACAUUUUAAGAGCUAUGUUAGACAGUUGACAUUGCCCUACAUAUCGUACAGCGGAUCAGCCUGAAAUCAACAUACGAUAGAGCUGCAUUUUUUUUUUUCAUCUAAAUUGACAUGUGUGCAUAUUUUGUAGUUUAAUAAUCGUCAUCUUGAUCUUCUCUAUGAUGCCCGUAAACAGCUGUCAAACCUGUAAACCUGGACUGAUCUGCUGAAAUGAUAGGUUAACUAAAGGAGCACUGAUUUAGGAGUCGUCUGAGAUGGGUGAGUAUGAGGAGAGUUUGUAUGGGCUCGGAGGGGAGACUUUUCCCCCCGAUUUUUUCCCCCCUCCACCACCUCGUCCAGUCGCUCGGGAGCGAAUCCACAUCCAGAAGAGCAGCGUCUGCUCCAGGGCUUACUUCGUGGUGGUGAUGGCCUUCUUCCACAUCUAUAUAAUAAAUAUCAUAGCUUUGCUGCUGUAUGUGCACUACAACACCGGUUCUGGAGAGCAGGAUAUACCCAUUGAGAAGAGCACGAGUAUCCCCAGACCAACAGCUGCUGAAUACCAAAGCCCAUCACCUAACCUGAACCCUGAGCACUCCUUUUAUCUGCCCCGUCUGGAGGGCAUUCGGGUUGGACACGUGCAAAGAGUUUCUCUUGUUCCUGACCGGACUCAUAACCUACGAACCCUCAGCUUGAAGCCCUUGCUGUUUGAGAUCCCGGGUUUCCUAAGUGUGGAGGAAAGCAGUGUGGUGAUGCAGUUGGCCCAGCUGAAAGGUCUGACCCACAGCGCUCUCCUCACGGCUCCUGAUGCUCAUGCGGAACAACUCACCCAGGAUGAGCUUUUCAGUCUGCUCGACCUUAACCAGGAUGGUCUUCUGCAGAUGGAGGAGAUUUUGAGUCUCUCUCACUCCACUGAUGGAUCUUGGCUGAGCUCAUACAAUUUACGGAAAAUCCACACCGGGCUUGAGACCAGCCCUUCUGGAGUUUUGUCCCUGCAGGAGUUUAAGCGUGUCAGUGGUGGAGUGCUCCAAUACGGCAGGCCCGGCCAAGCAUCGGACGGUCACACCAAAGUCAGGCAGAAAAGCACCAAUACGCAGCUUUACCUCGGAGAGGGCACGCACCACCUGCUGAAGAACAUUAGAAACCGGGUGACCCGUUUAACGCGACUGCCGUCCUCGCUGGUUGAUCUCAGCGAGCCAAUGGAAGUGGUCCGUUAUGAGCAGGGCGGGUUCAGCAACGCCCAUCAUGACAGCAGUCCCAGCAACCCAAACAGCAGCUGUGCUCAUACACAUCUGGCAGCAAAUAACUCAGCCUCCAACCAGGUUGCAUGCAGGUAUUUGACAGUCUUGCUGUUUCUCAACUCGGUGGAUGGAGGUGGAGAGACCAGUUUCCCCGUGGCUGACAACAGGACGUAUGAAGAGGAGGUCUCUCAGCAGUUCUGUGAUAAAGGCAAUCUGAAGGUCAAACCAGUGGCUGGCACCGCUCUGCUGUGGUACAAUCACCUCUCAGAUGGGAAUGGUUGGGUUGGUGAGCUGGAUGAAUUUUCCCUGCACGGGGACUGUUUGGUCACUCAGGGCUUAAAAUGGACAGGAAGUGUGUGGGUGAACAUCGACCCUGAUCAGCGACGUCAAGAGCGAUACCAGCGGCUGAUCUCGUGGCAUCCAGAUGGGGAAGUCAAAAGGGCAGAGCAUGGUGACCUUCACCAAGAUCUCUAAACCAGACUUUGAAAUAGUAGUUAUGCUUUUAUGUUGACCUGGAGUCAAUUUCUAUUGGGCAAGCAAGCCAUUAUGUCAAACCUCAGUAAGAGAUACUCACUUCUGUAAGCAUUAUCUUUAAAUUGCUGUCACCCUCUGCUAGUGUAACAUACUAUUUAAUAUUCAUGACUUGAAGGGGGAAGUUGCUCCUUUGAUAGCAGCUAAACAUUCACUGGUUUAUUUAGCUGAUAUCGCACAAGUUGUUUUUGCUAUACAUUAACUAUUUAUAAGAGUCUGUUUAUUAGAUGUUGCAUAUUUAUUGAUAUCAUUAUUUAUUUGAUAUUUCUAUUUAUUGAAUUAGUUAUUUAUUAUUAUAUAUGUGGUACAUAUAUGUACAUACAUAUAUAAUCACAGCGUGUGUCUAUCUCAGGUUUGGUUCCGCACAGAUUGUGUUUUCAUUGUAAUGCACUAUUUAAAAAAAAAUUGUCAUAUGUAAGUUAAUUAUUCAAAGUGAGAAAUAAAUUAUAGAACACGUUAU